GACGUGUAAGUUGCAGGCAUUUUUGCCACUGAACUUUGUAAAUUGUACAAUACUCUACAUCAACGAAUUCAGACUUACAAGUGGGUUUCGACUGUAGUUCAUCUUUGGCAAAAGGCGUGCGCGAUGAAUGAACAGAAAGAAUCAAAUAGCCGAAAAAAAUUGGUAAAAUUACACCAUGGUUGAGGCAAAUCCUUGGAUGUAAAUUUCAAAAAAUGGAUCGAAACAGACUUUGAUCGAUCGUAUCCAAUCGUAUCUCGGCGACGUUGUCGCAUGCAUGAAACAUUCACCUGAGGUCAGAUUCGUGUAUCUAAUGCUAGUGGUCCAAUAAAAUUCUUUGCGUCUUUGCGUUGACGUCUCGCUGCUUUGGACCAUAGCCUCCUUAUAUUUUUAAUUGCAGAGAAUAACUACAGUCCAUAGUCCAUAGUUCAUACCGAGUACAAAAUCAGGACGAUCAAAACUGAUGUGGAGACUUAAAAGAUUAAACUUGAAAGAGAAUUCCAUACUGUUUACUCAUCGAACUUUCGAUAGUAAAAAAAUACGUCUUAUAAAUUCGAGCUAAUUUUGUAACAAUCAAAAUGUUUUUCCACCUUAUCGGAUUGAUUGUUGUUGGUUACUAUUUGCUAUACUACAUCGCCCAACUUUUCGUAGAUUGCGACUUAUACCUAGCUUACAAAGAAAGAUUUGGCAAAUCUAUUGAUACACUUCAGGGCAAAGUGGUAUGGAUAGUAGGUGCCUCCAGUGGAAUUGGGGAACAUUUGGCUUAUAGUCUUGCUCGUGCUGGAUGUAAACUAGUUUUAUCAGCUCGUAGAGAAUCUGAAUUAUUGCGAGUCAAGGAGAGGUGCUUAGCAGUUAACAAAUCAUUAACAGCAGAUGAUGUGGAGGUUUUAUUACUCGAUGUUUUGGACACCAAAACACAUUCUAAGGCUUUUGAACAUGUUCUCAACAAAUUCAGUCGACUUGAUAUCCUAGUGAAUAAUUCUGGAAGAACUCAGAGAGCAUUUUGGGCUGACAUAGAACUAGGUGUUGAUCAUGAGAUGUUUGAAGUCAAUGUAUUUGGGUUGAUUUCGCUGAGUCGCAUAGCACUGAGGUACUUUAUGGCACAAGGAAAAGGUCAUCUAGCCGUGACUUCUAGUGUAGCUGGCCUGAUGGGAAUACCCUACUCUGCCACCUACACUGCUACAAAGCAUGCUCUUCAUGGCUACUAUGACAGCUUGCGAAUCGAAGCUCUUGGAAAGAAUAUUAAAACUACAAUAUUUUGUCCUGGACCAGUACAAACUCCUUUUUUAGCAGAAAGUUUCACUGGAAAAACUGGAGAGAAACUUGGAGAACAAACAGCAGUGACCCCUGACAAAAUCAGUAGCGAACGAUGUGGGGAGUUGUAUGCAUUGGCUUUGGCUAAUGGUAUUCAUGAAUGUUGGGUUUGUUUCCCAAAAGUGAUGAUCCUCUUACAUAUCUGCUUUUAUUACCCUAACUUAGGAAAAUUGGUGAUGAUGAUAAUAGGUCCGCAGUACCUUCUUCGCCUACGAGAUUCUAAAAAAGUCAGUAAACUUGAAUAAAAAUAAUAUUUUACUAUUUUGAACUCAACAUCAAUACAUCACAUCUAUGUGAAAUUGGUUUUUUAUGACGCAAAAUAACUAGCGACAUACUAAGUACUCUGAUUAUGGAAAGAACAGGUUUUUGGCUUUCAUCGGCUGAUAAAAAUUACUAUCAAAUAGUUUAUUAAACUUUGUACAUUAAACUAUAGUUUUAAUAAAUAAAUCAGCGAUCUUUCCACAUCA